AUGGAGCUGCCCCAUGUACCCAAAGAGGAGCCUAUAAACGAUCCUCUGGCAAACGUUGAGCAAUUCAACAUCUUGCAAUUCCUUCAACCGGAAAAUGACAACAAUCGGUACGCUCCUUUGGAAGAUCCAUUGCUAAAUGUUGACGAUAUGGGCCAUCCAUUGAAUGAGAUGAUUGAUUCACCGCAAAACCACGCUCUAUUCCAGCAAAUUGCUGCAAGCGGAAUUCCUGAAUCGCCGCCGAUAACUGAUCAUUCGGGAAAUGUCUCAUCGGGAGGCCAGCCGAUAAACCACCAUAAUCUCGGCCUCAGCGUCAAUGACCUUCAAGGCAUUCUUCGACAAGAUUAUCAAAAUGAGAACUUUGGUGUGAACAAACAAGAACCUUCUACUAGUGACGCUGGUUUCAUGUCGCCAUAUCCGCCACCACCACCGCAAAUGACUCCGAUGCCGAAUAUGACUCCAUCACCGGAAUAUACCAGUCGAAAUGAAAACUUCACCAUUUCUCAAUAUCCGAAUAGUCAUAUUAGCAGUCUCUAUACUGGCGUCGAAACGGAUCCAAACGCCAUUGACCAUCCAAAUCGUAAGAGAGCGCGAUUCGAAGAGUCAGCAAAACUUUACGCUGCCCUUCAAGGAAAUGGAAACGGUGAUAAUGGUGAAGCCGUAACUCAACAGGCAAUACGUUUCUCAAAAUAUCAAGAGGAAUGUUGGAAUCUUUUGUUUGAUGAACAUGGCCGCCAAUUGAGUCGUCUUCAAAUUCAUGUGGUCGCUGACAAAGGAUUCAAUUAUUCGCAAAAUGAUGGAUGUUUCGUGAACCAAAAGAAAAACCACUUCCAGAUUUCUGUUCAUCUCGAAGCUUUGGAUGCCAAUCCACCGAAAAAAGUGAUUUUCAACGGAGCGCUCUACCCGAUUCAGGAAUUCAAAUUGGCCUUUGUCGGUGUAAAAACAGAGAUGCCCACCACCGAAAUUACCGUUCGCCAGUCGCGCGCUGAUCGCAAACCGCACCCACACAACCCAGUGCUGUUCGAUAUUCAAGAGCGCCGUGUCACAAAAGUCACCGUGCCAAGACUCCAUUUCUCGGAAACCACCCAGAACAAUCAGCGCAAGAAUUUCCGGCCAAAUCCGGAGCAAAAAUAUUUCUAUUUGUUCAAUCAUACGCUUCGGAGCGUGUCAUCGUUAGGGUAA